UCCAAGCCCCUGGCUCCACUGCGCAUGCUCUCCCCUGCCAAGUGUCGCAGCUGCCGCCGCUAACGCAGUUACGCCGUUUGCGUAGGGGCCACUACUCUCCGCAUCGGCCCUGCAGAGGCGUGGGGGGGAAGUGAGGUGGCGUAGUUUAGCCGCGCGCGCCAAGCGACAGCUCGGCUUCGGCAGAAGGUCGGGCGGCCGGCGUAAGCGGUUUUGAUGAAUGGCGUAGCGGAGGCCCUGGGAAAGUAGCAAGCAGAGCUUAGCUGUCGUAGUAGUAGCAGCGGCAGCAGCGGCGGCAGCAGCAGCAGCACUGCGGAGUGGGAGGAGGAGGCGGCACCCGCGCGCGCGGCGGUUUGGUACCGAGCGGAGAGGGAGAUGCACACGGCACACUCGAGCUGAGAAAACAGAAAUGAAGGUCCAUAGGCACACACAAUUUUGCCAUUGUUUGCUGACAUUUGUCUUCCCAUGUCACCAUUGCCAUGAAGGUGAACAUAGCCACAGACUGUCAAAUCUCGGAAAUGAAAGGACCGAGCCUGAACCAAGUAAGGAAGCUGAAGUUAAAACAGAAAUACUACAUGAAAAACUCUUUAAUCGUUACGGUGAGAAUGGAAAGGUGUCGUGUGGCCUGGAGAAAUUGAUGAUGAGCCUUGGCCUUGGAGAAAUUAAAAUAGUAGAAAUAAAUCAUGAGGACAUUGGCCACGAUUAUGUUUCUUACUUAGAUGUACUAGAUACACAAGAAGGAAAGCGUUCUCAUUCCCACAACCAUCCUCAUUCCCAUAAUCAUCCCAGCUCAGAAAAACAGACUGCAAACGAAGGGUCUGGCAAAAGGAGCCAGGUGUGCGAUCCAGUGAAAGAAGUUACAGAAUCAUCUUUGAAGCCUGAUGGUAGACAUGCUCAUGACUCUAACGCUCACGGACACCACAAGCAUCAUCACCGCCGUCAUGCGCAUCGCCACAUGGACCAUAACGCUACUCAUCAGUCUCACAAUGAUUCCAUUAACACCAGUGAUCAUGGGGAACCAAGUCACGAGCCUUCCACGGAGACCAAUACUACUCAGGAACAGCUUGAACGAAACUACGUACACCGUAAGAAAUGGUGGAAAAUGAAGAACAGGGAAGUUUCAAGAGUUACAGUACAAGAUUUUACUCUCAAUCAUGACUCAAAUGAACAAUAUGAACAUAAUCAUGUCCACAAACAUGACCAUGUGCAUGAUGUGCCUUUCCCACAUGCACGCGUUCAUGAACACAAUAAUAAUGAUCAUUCAGCUACUCAUGGACAUCAGGAUCCAAAUCCUGCCAGUGGGGAUGGAUAUCGACAUACCAGCAAACGAGAAGCGCCUGAUAAACAAAUCAGCAUGGGGAAGCAUGCUAAUCACAAGAACCAUAAUGAAGAUGAGCAUUCUUCUGAAGAGUGCUUAAAUGUCACACAGCUGCUAAGCCAUUAUGGUCUUCGCCCCAGUUCUCCAAUUUCUCCCAGCUUGUUUACUUACUGCCCUGCGUUGCUGUAUCAGAUUGAUAGGCGACUUUGUAUUGAACAUUAUGAAGACCUGCAUUUUGAAGACUUGAACAAAGCAAACAAUGUUUCUCUCGGGAAUGUGGAGAAAACAGGUGCGUCAGCCUGGAUCUGUGGCAUCAUUUCUAUCACAGUUAUUAGCUUGUUGUCUUUGCUAGGCGUGAUUUUGAUUCCUAUAAUCAAUCAGGGAUGCUUCAAAUUCCUUCUCACCUUCCUGGUUGCUCUUGCUGUAGGAACCAUGAGCGGAGAUGCAUUACUUCAUCUGCUACCACAUUCCCAAGGAGCCCACAAUCACAGCCACCACGAGGGCCAGGGGCACCAGCACGAGCACCCGCAUCUGCACGGCCAUUCCCACGACCAUGGAGGAUCAGUUCAGAACUUCCUAGAAGAGUAUGAUGCUGUCCUGAAAGGACUUGUGGCCCUUGGAGGGAUUUACCUUUUGUUCAUUAUUGAACACUGCAUACGAAUGUACAAACACUAUAAGAACAAAGGGAUUACACAUCUGCUGGAAUAUUGUACCAGCUUUGUUGAAAUCUAG